UUUUGCAAAUGUCAGAGAAUUAGAAGAGAACAAAAACAAUGAGUGGCUUUUCACACUCUGCUCUCCCAUUCCCUCGACCAGUGCCUUCAUGUUCUAAUUCCAUAUCCAUAACCAACUCCAUCUUCUUAUUCUCAUACCCUUUUCAUUUCAACACCCACCAAUACCAUUCCCUUUCCACUCCACCUUCUCCCAAACCAAGCUCCUUCAAGUUCAGACCUUUCUUGCAUAAUCGUGCUUCCAAAUCCGACCCCACCACUAUGGAGGAUGAUAAUGAUAAUUAUUCUUCUGGUAAUUUGACUUUGGUGACAGAGGAUGAUAAAAAUGGGGUUCAAGAGUCAGAAUCCUUAGCUGAGGAUGGGUUUUUCAUAGAAGUGAUGAAGCUGGAGAAGAAUUCCCGCAGAAUCCAAUCAAGGAUUUCCAUUGAAGCACCCCUUGCUGCGAUUUGGAGCAUCUUGACCGAUUAUGAUAGGUUGGCUGAUUUUAUUCCUGGCCUUGCCGUUAGCCAAUUGCUCCAAAAGGGUGACAAAUAUGCUCGUCUUUUGCAGAUUGGACAGCAGAACUUGGCAUUUGGGAUAAAAUUUAAUGCUAAAGUAGUUGUAGAUUGUUAUGAGAAAGAUUUGGAGACUCUUCCUUCCGGCGUGAAGCGUGAAAUCGAAUUCAAGAUGAUUGAAGGAGAUUUUCAACUCUUUGAAGGAAAAUGGUCUAUUUUGCAGCAAUUCAACAGCGGAAGUUGUGAGGAGUCCCAAGUCGGAGAAGUUAAAACGACUCUCUCAUAUAUUGUUGAUGUCAAGCCGAAGCUGUGGUUGCCCGUUCGUCUCAUAGAGGGUAGACUUUGCAAUGAGAUAAAAAUGAACCUUGCAUCCGUAAGGGACGAAACUCUAAAAGCUACCCAAAGGACUGUGCAUGCACAUGAAUUCGAAUGAAUUAUGUAAUUAAUAACAUAUUAUUGAUCAUAAAAAAGAAAUGAAUAUAAAGUAUAGUUUACAUCUCGCGGUGUACAGCUGCAAGCUUGGUCUUAUUCUCCCCCUAGAAUAUCUUCAAGGUCUGAACUAGACUUGAGAGAGUGGACGUAUCCACGUGUUGUUCUUGAUGCUGUUUUUUUAAAAUAUUUCAAUUAGUUCAUCAUUUCGCGAUUACUCCAAUUUGAAGCGAGUUCUGGAAUUAAGAUUUUAAAUUCUUCCCAAAGAUGAUAUU